AUCGCUAUAGGGCAUCCACAACAGUCACUUCUCGAAGAGGAAAUGAUACCAAUGUGAAAGCACUAAGAGUCACCACCCACUCGUUACCAAGUCAGUUGUCAGCUCGACUCCGUCUUAUGCUAACGCUCAACUCACACCGACGGUGCAAGUGUUGAUCGUGUACAGAUCGUGGCCACGUCAUCAUGAAGGCCUAUUUGCCGCUUCUGUUGGUGCUGUGCCAGCUGAUCCUGCCGUGUUACUCAAAAGUGGAAAAGGAAAAGCGAAAGUUCACAGAUAAACAGGUGCAGGACAAAUGCAAGUUUUCCCUGGAGGAAAUCCACGAUUGCAAGUACACUGGCUGCCUCGAGGUGACAACGCAAUGUGGCGACAAAGAAAAUGCCACUGUCUGCCAGUUCAAAGAGUGCAUCAGCGUGAAGACAAAAUGCGAGGAACCGCUCAACCAGUACCUGACGCCGGAGGAAAUCUGCGAGGGGGACGCGUUUGAUCAAGUGGACUUGCAAUGCCUAAUUAACUCACGCCAAGGCUAUGACGAGCUCACAGCAUGCAAGGGCAAGGGCUAUGCGCGCGCCAGGAAGCAAUGCUUUCAGAGAAUCUACAAGAAGAAGAUCGAGGCCAUUGCCAAGAGACAGCUGAACCUCCGCAGCAUUCCUGACCGAGUGCUCGAGUGCGCGCUGGACAACUGUUACGAGAAGACAGAGGAGUGCCUUGAACCGUACCACCUGCAGUAUGCUAAAAACCCAGCCUCCUUGCGGGAGUUUCAGCUGGAACAUUGUGCCUACGUCGCCAAGGACUUCCCCCAUUACUGUGAGACCAUGGAAUGCACCAAGGAAGUGGAUGCUUGCGGAAUGCAGAAUCGGAAUGUGAUAGACGAGGAGAACGGGCCUGACGUGGGUCUCAUUGCUGGUGUUGUGGGUGGACUGCUGGUGGCCAUCAUCGCGGUGGCCUGCAUUGUGCUGUUCAUCAAGAAACGUAGCCAGAGCCGUGGGAGCAGCCCCAAUGGACGAGGCUCUCCCGUGCAGUUCAGCCAAGUUUCAACCAUCGCCAAUGCGUGAGGAAGCAAGAGAGAGAGAGCAAGCAUGCGAGCACAUGCGUACGUGCUGUGUGGUACGAAAAUCUCUGUGUCACAGCAAUGGGCAACUCAAAAAAACCACACGUGCCACUUAAACCCAUGUUUCUUGCGCAUAUCUUGUUAAUUGGACCGUCUAAGUUUCUCGAUUUGCAUGCAAAGGGCGGACCGUGUACGUCCCGUGCGGUCUUUUGAAUUGCCUAUGCAUGGUUUUCUUGCUCAAUGAUAAUUGCGUUGCUUUGGCUCUGCGUUUUACUGAAUAAUUCCACUUAACACAUUCUAUUGCAAGAUUGUAACGAAUGACAUCAAAGACAGCAAUAACAAUGUAAUGAUCUGACUAAACAAAAUUAAAGCAUUGAAUCGAAUUUCCCCAAUAUAAAUGCAACUAAAUCCUAACGUUUGGCCAUAAAACGUUAGGCGCAUAAAAAUAUUGCGCUUGUGAGACUGGAGAUCCAUUGUGUCAAAUCCCUUUCUCUUCAAUUGCAGUCCCAAGUGGUUCAUAAUCUAUGGAUAUGUGAGACGGUGCAGCGGAUAGCUUGGUUGGUAUAAGCAUUUUCCUCUUGGUCCUCCCCCCAUGAUAUUGGCACUCAUGAAUCUGGCCCUGAACGGCAUUAUCAGCCACUUUUGUAAGUAUUAUGAAGUUGAUCUCUGCUGACAUCAAAUUGUGAUUUAAUAAAUUGACCCAAAGCGACAAAAGGGUCUCUGUUGAAAUGUUGCACUGACGGGAUGGAUGUUUUUUGUGUUUUUAAGACAACCGAGAAUACUAGAGGACCAUUGUAUAAUUAGAGUCCGCAUAGAUGACCGUUAUGCUUUUCGUUGCUUAUUAUCAUUCAGGUGAAUUUUCGUGCAUUUUGGUGAUCUGGAUGUCUGCAGGGCGAGGUUCUCAAACUCCAGUCCUCGCGAUCCACCACACUCUGUCUUUCUGCAUUUACGUUUUGAUGCGCCCCUAAUACAUUCUCACCUACCCCGACUGGACAUCUGUGGAUAAAAAAAAGUGCUUUAUAGCUCACCGGAUUCCUCCAGUAUAAUACAAAUGAAAUUGUUCGAUGCUGCACGGGCCAAAUUAUUGUUAAACACGUCCAAUGUGAUGCGAUAAUCAAUCAACGCUGUCUGUGUAAAUAUAGCACAAUCAAAUUAAUAUUGAGAUCUCAGUGCGUGUGCACUGUGCUUAGCUCUUGUCACGUGAGACGCGUUUAACAAUCAUGGGGCUCGUGUGGCGUGGAACGAGUUCAUUUUAUUUGAAUGGGGAGUACAUUUGUAAACGCCGAGAGACGUAGUCACGCGGACUGGAGUUUGGAAAACCGUGCUCUAUGCGUUUUUAUUAAAACUGUGGUUCGCUGGUUCGAGCUGAGACUCCAGACCCCCUCUCACAAAGCAGAUGAAACCCUCAAAAAUACUACAACACUUACUCUAUAGACACAUUAAUAUGCAUACGAAUGCGCUUAUUUUAGGGUCCUGCUUUGGGAUGUUUAGCCAAUUCCAUGAAUGAGUGGUUAGUUUAACUCGAGAAAUCAGCCCUGAAUUUCUCUACACUGUUCCAGUGUCCGGUCCUGGAAGACAUGUACAGGGUUGUCCAGAUGUCGUGUGACCGCCAUUUAAUUAUCUUAAACUUAAAGGUUUAUUUAAAAUAUAAAUGAAUAUACAAUGAAAAUACAAAGGAAAACACGUUAUGGAUCAAUUAAUUGGGGGGUUACAUGACAUCUGCACAACUCUUUAAAGUGCAAGCAAUAAUAUGUAAUUUCAUAUAUAGGCUUUCACAACCAAUAUUAUUACGAUUCUAUUUGGGCUAGAUCGUGUCGGUAUACAGUCACGUAAACAAAAUGUUACUCUAACCCUCCACCACCUAGUAGAAACAAUCAACUUAAUUUGUUUGGAUUUGUAAGGUGGUAAAGGUUUACAAACGAAAUCAAUUAUGAAUAAGCAAUACAAUCUCAUUUUCUUGGUUCUUUCGGUAAAGUCACGUAGAAGGGAAAUAAUAAAAUAAUAUUAAUAUAAAACAAUAAAAACAAUAACAAUAACAUUUAUAUUAUUAUUUACCGAAAGAACCAAGAAUAUUAAUCCCUGCAGUCACGAAAGCUUUAAAACAAUCUCAUUUGCUCACUCAAAAUAUUAAUUAGUUAUCCCUCUAUGUAAUAAGAUGUUAAAUGUGUUGUAUAACAUCAUGCAAUAGCGGGUAAAGUAUCUACAGAGGGCAUUGUUCCACCUGGACCCAGGGCUGCAUCUAUGAUUAAAGCUGUUGUUAAAAGUGUAGUGACAGCGCUCUACGGUGCCAUCACAUCGAUUAGCACAGUUGGCUACGUAAGGCGCGAAAUAAGUUCCACAUACAUUGUGUACCAUUUUUUUCACUCCUCAUUAACGAAGCUCUGUGUCUAUGAAGGAGGCGGAGUGUUUUUGUGGAUUGUGUGUUCCUUUAAGAUAAAGCUUUGCGCAAUAAUUCUGUUAGAUUUUGGCCUGCCGCUAUCAUGAAUAUAGGUAUCAACGUUCCCACAAUAUAGCCUGACAGCCUGUUAGGGCAAGUGCUGUUGGAGAGCACCACUGUUAAGGAGCACUGAUGGGGUGGGUGGCCAUCACCACGCCUGGCCGCCUUUGUUACUCAUGUGCUAAUUUGCGUUUGCGUUGACGAAAUGCAGAUAUUCGCCACUGAUGGACGUGGGCGACAAUCGAUAUCACGCCACCGAGCCCGUAGUGAACAACGCCAAUUACUGCACCACCGCCCCCAAUACAGACACACACACACACAGUCACAAUAAUCAUUAGUAUAUUUGUGGGGAAUACAAACAACGGGAUAAAUGGACAAUAUUUCAAUAAACAUGGAUCGUUGUUGAAAAUUUCAAACAACACGCCAAAUUUGGAUCUUAACCGAGAUGUCUCCAAUACAUAAUUAAAAUCUGAAAUCAAUAGUAAUUGUAUGCAAAGACACUAGUAGUGCUGCUUGGUGCACAUUAUUGCAAUGGUGUGCUAUCUCUCUUUAAUAAUCGCUGGUGUUAAUUUUGAUCAUAUGAGUUUUUACUCUUGGAGUUUAUCUUAAAUAUAAUUGUUCAUUCAUAGGUUUAAGGAGCCGUCGGCAAAGUUGCACAGGAUAACGGAAGCUAGCUGUUCACCAUUGAACAAAAAACUCAACACAUUCGUCAGUAAUAUUGUCACCUUAAAAAGAAAAAAGGUUAUAGUAGGUAACGUUUCGGGUAAUGCCCCUUUUUCACAGUACAUAUGAAAGAAGAGCCAUUGCGCGAGACAUCGCUGAUUGUAUCUUACGAUUCUUCAACCAAAUCGUGACGCUGGUUCCAUGUCAGUCUGCGAUUCACAUUCACUCCAGCGGAAGGCGUGACUGUGCCUGUGGAUAGCCUCCUAAUGCCGAGGUGGGGCCCGGCUGAUAUAAAUUACUUCUGAGCUGGGUUUUUUUUAAAUAGCAGCUCAAUAAACGUGCAACGUUGAGCCAACGUUGGCACGUUAUUAAAACCUUUGGACCAACGUUGGCUCAACGUUACAUGUUUACUGGGGGGUCGGGUGAAGACAACAUUCCAGAAUAACAGUGGACGUCAACAUAAUAGGUGCGCAAGCUUUCAGCCGGAACAUUCAAGGAACGUUACCAUCGGGGAUUAUGUUGGCUCGUGACAUCCACCCCAGUAAAACAUGGAACGUUUGACAAACGUUAGGCUAACGGUUCCAACUAUGUACCAACGUUGAAACAACGUUGGCACGUUUACUGGGAUCUUGCCUAAAUGUGUCCUCAGAAUUUGAAUAAAACGGCUGAUAGGUUUAUCGGAAUAUAGGGAACAAUAAUGGAGGAUUAUCACGUGGUCUGUUCUCUAGUGGUAGUGCUUUUCAACAAUACUCGCUACUCCAUGCCAGCCUAGCAAUGUUCCGGACAAUGUCGAGUGAUGAAUUAAACUCUGCUUCUAACAAGGUGAGUGGUGUUUCUUCGUUGUAUUCUUCUGAAAUGGCUACAUUCAGCAGCCUCAUAAUGUGUCUCCGUUUCGUAAAAAAUCUAGUGCACAAAAGAGGACCUUGCUGUUGUCAACAAAAUUGGGGUUUUGGAAUUGUCACUCACUCGACUGAUGUGAUUUGAUUUAAAUAUAGUGGUUUGUUUUCAACACCAGUUUGGUUUUCUGCCUAUUUGAUUAUAAACACGUGCGGUGGUGUAAACAUCUCUAUAUACCAAGUGUGGAAAAUAUUUGGUGUUUAAAUUUCUCUGAAGUGAAAAAUAAAGGCUUAAGAUUG